AUGGUACGAGACUUUAACUCUAGUUUGACGAUACUAUCGGAUGAGGCGAGAGACGGAUCGGUACUAGUUGGUAAGACCGCGCCGUUGAACAGCGGUGGUGGCGGCGUGGGGCGAUUUCCAGCAGGCGCCGGUUAUGGGUUGGGUGGUGGUGAGACAGGAGUGGAAGGGUCGCGUGAUAGAGAGUUGGAGCUGCUACGAGGACGAGGCGGUGCGUCAACGCAUCCUGGUUACGCCAUGACCGCUCAGGCGCACGCGCAGGCAGCUAGCGCACAGGACGUGGAGCAAGCGGUGACGUGGCAGCUGGAGCAACUAGAUCUGGGAUCGGAUCUCAGAUCUCGUUUCGCCCAACGCGUCGCCUUGUCUUCCUCGUCCUCCCACGCUUCUUCCCUCGCCCACUUUCAAACCCGCUCUCCGCCUAUGCCUGAGGGACCUGCCUAUGCCGUGCCGCAUGCUGUAACCGAGAGCGCCGGGUUCGGGGCUGCUUUUGCGGGCAAUCUGGGGGGAUUUGGAAGCGGAUUGGAGCUAGGGGGAAAUGAUGUGCGCGGAAGCCAUGGCGGAAGCAGGGGGGAGUACGGGGAGCCAUGGCUUAGCGGUCUUCAUGCUGAGACAGUCGGCACUAGCGACGGCCGGUUUGAAGGUGGGCGGUUGGAAGGUGGGAGGAUGGAGGGUGGGCGGCGAUUCUUGGAAGGAGAUGCAGGUUUUGGUGGCUCUAGAGCAGGUGGUAGCACCAUGGAUGGUGCUGGCGGAGGUGCGGGAGGCUUGACACGUGGGUUUUCUACAGGAGCUGACGUGUUUGGCUGGCCUGGCAGGCUGGACAAGCCUAGUGCGUAUGGUGGCAGAACAUCAGACUCCGCUUUCGCAUCUUCCUCCUCGUUUCCUUCCACUGUUUCCACGUCUGCUGCCGCGGCUGCGGCUGCUGCUGCGGCUGCUGCAGAGCGGUCAGGUUCGCGGCUCUCUUCCUUGAUUGGAUCUGACGUGAGCUCACCAGCCGCAGGCUUUCUGCGGCAGCAGGCGACGGAGCACCAGCUGCAGCGACAGCAGCAGCAGCAGCAGCAGCAGCAGCAGCUUCCGUUGCCGUUGCAGAAUCAGUGGCAGCCGGCACAGGAAGCAGGAUCCCAGUCCCUGCAGGACCAGCCGCAGCAGGAGGCGGCACAGGCGCAGGGUCCUGGGGGCAGAGCAGCAGCAGCGCCGGGGCAGCCAGAGAACCGGAGGCGCAUGGCGCGCGGUCCACGGAGCGAUGGGUCAGUGGAUUUGGAGCCUAUGUACACGGAGGAUCACCGCGUGCUCAAGGUGGAACGGUCCGAGGACGGGCGAGAGGCGUACGUGUGGGUGACGCUGCUGGCUGCGGGGUUCGUGAUCGGAUCGUCUGGGGCUGCUGCGCGGCAGAUCGGGCACGUGACAGGCGCGAUUGUGCAGUCGUGGACUGAGGGCGCGAGUGGAAUCGACGGGAUGGAGGGAGAGGAGAUCCGACGGUUCAGGAUUCAAGGGAAGAAGGAAAAGGUUGAAAGGGUUAUUAAUCUGAUCCAUGACGCGGUUGAUAAGUAUAAAGAGCUGUGUGAACGGAAGAGGGAGGGGCAAUUUGUUCUAAGGGAGCAUAGGAUAGAUGGGGUGGAUUUCCAAUACCAGCCGCCGCCGAGAAAGGCGCUGCAGAAUAGGGGCAUGCCUGGGGGCGGCGGGGGCGGGGGAGGCGGAGGUGGGGCUUCCCGGAGUCCCCCAGAUGGUGGUGGUGGCGGAGGCGGGAUGGGGAUGGGCAUGGGCAGAGGGGGGGGAGGCGGGAGAGGAAUUGAGGGUGCUGACAUGCGGGCGCAGCUGCUGGCGAGUGUGGUGGAAGGGCGUAUGAUGGGCCGACGUGGGCCGAUGGGAGGGGGAGGGAUGGGAGUGGAGGAGGCGGCUUUGAUGGAGCUGAAGCAGCAGAUGUACUACGAGCGGUUGGAGGAGAGGACGCUGUUCCUUCUGUGGCAGCUGCAGCAGCAGAAGCUGCAGGCAGAGCGGCAGCAGCAGGAGCAGCUGCAUCACCAGCAGCAGCAGCAGCAGCAACAGCAGUUGAUUCAGCAGCAACAGAUCUGGCAGAGCCUGAGGUUGAGAGGAGAGACGGAGGCGUUUAGGGAAGGUUCAGUGAGCAACAGCUUUGGCAUGGGCACGGGUGUGGGCAUGGGGAGUGGGGGAGGGAUGGGGCCGGUAGGUGGGGGGACCAUGGGACCGGUGGCAGGGGGAAUGGUGGGGUCUGGUAUGGGGGCGGGGAAUAGCAUGGAACAGGGCAUUGGGGGGGGAGUGGGAUUCGGUAUUCCAGGCGGAGGGAGAGGGAGGUGGGAUGACCUGGGCCGGUUGGGGGGUGAAGAGGAGGCGAGGGGGUUUAGGGAAGGAGGGAGGGGUCAGGGAGAGGAGGACUUACAGGCGGUUGCUGUGAGGGAGGCUAUGAGGGAGAAAUUCCCUAUGCCUCCGUCCCACCCCUCCCACCCCUCCCAUCCCUCCGCCCACCCUCCUUUGGGCCUGUCCAUGCCGCCACCUGUGCCAAGCAUGGCUGCUGGCAAUGCUUCUGGCAGGGCGCUUCAUAGUGCUGCUCCGUUCCAAAACAGGCACCUGUCCCUUGAAAGCAUCAUGUCUGCAGCAACGCCCGCCACGUCUUCUGCCCUGCCUCUUUCCCUCCCAGUCAACCCGUCCUUUCUUGACGGGUCAGCAGCACAGCUAAGCUGCCCCUGCCGCCCCUCCUCUGUGUGGUCUGGAGCAGCACAGGCAGGUCAAUCCGUCGCCCAUGCUCCUAAUUGCCCUCGUGCAGCAGCAGCAGCAGCCGGAGGGGCAGCAGCCGCGGCAGCAGUGGCGGCGGUGGCGGCUGCAGCUGCUGCUGCUGCUGCAGGAAUGCCUGCUUCCGGAGGUCCCAGGCCGUUUGCAGGGCUGCCUGGUAGCAGCAGCAGCGGUAGCAGCAGCAGUGGCGUGGGUGGUGGUGGCGGUAUUGGCGGUAGUAGCAGCAGCAGCGGAAUUGGGAGUGGGAGUGCGGGCAGUAGUGUGGGAUCUGGUGGCAGUGGCAGCAGCAGCAAGAAUAACAGUCCCAGCACGACUGGAAGCAGUGGGCUGGGCAGCAGCAGCAACACUGCUAGUACUGCCGUUGGUGCUGCUGGCACUGCUGGUGUGGCUGGUGCUGCAGCGGCAGGGGCACUGAGUGGGGGGCUUUGCUGUGUGGUGUGUCAUGAGCUUCCUGUUGCUUACAAGCUUCUGCCCUGCCACCAUGCCGUGCUGUGCCAGGAGGAGGCGGAGGCGGAGGGGGGAGAGGAGGCGGAGGGGGAGGCGGAGGAGGAGGAGGAAGCGGACCAGGGGGGCGUGGAGCAGGGGAAGGCAGCAUGA